AGAAAACAGGUGGUUUGGACUCCCAUGCUCCGCCUGCCUUUGAUGGAAUUUCUAAGCAAAAACCGUGUGCCCACUGCCUAUUAAUUAAUUAUCCACAAUUUACUAUUGAUCGUAAAUCCCAUUUUUCUCCCCAUCUAAUUGAUGUCAUGAAGUGGUUUUACAUGGACUUUAAAGUCAUAUUGUUCCGAAUGUGUACCCGGAAAAUGAAACCAUUGGCUUUUCCAGCCCCUCAAAACCACGAGCAACAGCAACAGCCGCCUGUAGUUUCAUCCCCAUGCUUUUUGGCCUCUUUUUUUGAUCCAUCCAACAAUAAUCGUAAUUCCUAUUCCUUAUCUUUAUAUAUAAGAAGCCCCUUCUCUCCAAUUAUGUAUCACCAGAAGCACAAAAUCUUUGGUUUCUGAUCUCUCGUAUAUUUCAAGACUCAGAGUGUUGAAUAGUUAAAGCUAGAGUAUUUCCGAGAUGAGUUCAACUAGCAGGGCGUGGAUUGUGGCAGCUAGUAUUGGAGCUGUGGAGGCAUUGAAAGACCAAGGUAUUUGCAGAUGGAACUAUACUGUAAGGUCAGGUAUCCAGCAAGCUAAGAACCAUGUGAGGUCAGCUUCACAGGCCAAGAAGUUGUCUUCUCAAUCCUCAGCUGCAAUUUCAAAUGGAGUGAGCAGGGAAGAAAAGUCUAAACAAUCGGAAGAGUCUUUACGGAAAGUCAUGUACCUGAGCUGUUGGGGUCCCAACUGAGCGGUAACUCUGAUUAAUUGAUUAGAAGAAACGUCCUUUGAGUUAAUCAUUGACUCAUAUAAGCUUUGGUCAAUCAAAAGAAGAUUUGAUGACUGAUCGAACUAUAUCAGGGGCAUGGUGCUGGGCUUUCCAUGGGUGGGUUCUUGUCUUUGUAUAUAGUUUUCAGAGGUGUAUGAGAGGAAUUUCUCUAUCAUCAUAUAACUAAUGAAAAAAAUUUUGAGAAUUGCUGUGUUUUUCAUAUCAAUUGCUACCUUACUCCUGAAUCAAUGACUUCAGGCGUAACAACUCAUAUGACUUUGCUUCGG